CUUGUGAACAUUUCUUUUCAGGCGGUUGUUUCAUUGUUGUUUGUAUCUCUUCAUUCUACAACUUUGGAGAUACAUCAGAAAAUAUCCACGCUGUUUUCAGAGGAGCCUGUAAGGAAACGUAGACAUUUUGCUAUGAAUUAAACACUUCAAAACUUUGACUGUAACUCGUCUGUAUAACUUUUGACAUAUACUUUAGGAAAUAUCCACGCUGGCUUUGGAAGAGCCUGUAAUGAAACUAGGCAUUUUGCUAUGAAUUAAACACUUCAAAACUUUGACUGUAACAACUCUGUAUAACUUGGGAGAUACAUCAGAAAGUAUCCACGCUGGUUCAGAAAAGCCUUUAAGGAAAUGUUGCUAUUGAAUUAAACACCUCAAAACUUUGAUUGAAGAUCCUUGCUGUGGUAAGCAAUGUCAUCAUCCAGUGACCAGGCAUGUGUCGAACGUGAAGUCUCAUCAAACUGUAUUGAACGCAACUCUGAUUUAAACAUCCAUGUACAAGCACAGACCGAUAGUGAGAAGCGUUUCCAAUGUGGAAUGUGCUUCAGAUGUUUUUCAAGAAAGAGUACCAUCAAGAAUCACAUGAGGACGCACGGUGACGCAAGACCAUUUCAGUGUGAAGUGUGCAAGAAGUGUUUUCGGUGGGGUGAUUCAUUGAAGAAGCAUUUAUUUGCCCACACUGGUGCUAAACCUUUCAAAUGUGAUGUGUGUGCAAAAUGUUUCUCCAACAGAUACCGCUUGAAGCUUCAUACAUUGGUUCACACUGGCGAUAAACCUUACAAAUGUGAUGUCUGCGAAACGGGCUUCUCACUGCCCGGGAGGUUACGUCGACACGCAUUACUGCACAGUGGUGUUAAGGAUUUCAAGUGUGAGUUGUGUGGGAAUGCUUUCUCGCAGAGUGCUGGCCUGAUUUCUCACAUGAAGACCCACACACGCGACAAAGCGUUCAAGUGUGAGAUCUGCAAAAGGGAGUACACACGCAGCUCGUACUUGAAGCAACACAUGUUGAAUCACGAUCACGGGAACGACUUCGAGUGUGUGGUGUGCGCAGAACGCUUCACGCAACAUUCCCAUCUGAGACAGCAUUGUGUUGCUUCACACUGGUCUUAAAGACUUUUAAAAGUGAAAUUGUGUACCUAAGUCUUUUAUGGAGUCAUGGCAACGAUUCAUAUCAAGGCUUUAGAUCUCAUCACUAAUUUGGGCAUUUAAAAAAAAAAAAGUAUAUAUAUAUUAUUUAUUUAUUUAUUUAUUUAUUAUUAGUAUUAUUAGUAUUAUUAUUAUCAUCAUGAUCACUAUUAUUUUUUAUUAUUAUUUUUUUAUAUAUAUAUUUUUUUGGUGUGUGUGUGUGUGUGUGUGUGUGUGUGUAGACAGAAUAUUUCUGUCUCUGUAAAGCUUUAUUUCAUGAUUUGUCUAUGUUUAUAUUUAUAUCUGGCUUUUACAGAGACUGAACGUAAUCUGUGUUAAACGUGGUGGUGGUUAGAGGUGGUCAGUUCUGAGCACAGUUAGGUCUUAUGAAGCACACUAAUGAAGGGUUGUAGAAAUUCGGAAACUGAAUAAUCGCUCGCCUGAUGCGUGUUCGGUCUGGGAUCGAUCCCAUCGGUGGGCCCACUGAGCUUUUAUGACCGAUAUAUCAAAGGCCGUGGUAUGUGCUCUCCUGUCUGUGUGAUGGUGCAUAAAAAGAUGAUAAUAAUGAAAGAAUAUAUAUCGGGUUUUCUUUCAGAGACUAUAAAUAUGUUAAAAAUUACCAAAUGUUUGACAUCCAAUAGCCGAUGAUUUAAUAAAUUAGUGUGCUCUAGUGGCGUCGUUAAACCAAUCAUCCAAUCAAAGUGUCUAACAGUGUUUUAGGCUACUAACAUUACAUAUAGAGUAUAGUUUCUUGUUUAGAAUAGCAGUUUGUAUAUAUCCGUGUUCUUAUGGCUGUAAUGGUCGUUUGUCAUUUUACUUCGUAAUAUAUUUUUGGACGUACAAAAUUUGUGGAAGGAAAACAAAACUGUUUUGAGUUACUACAAAUAUUAGGACAACAAACGCCUUGUUUAUACAGAUAUUACAGAUAUUGAUAUUCUAAACUGGAAAAUAUCGUCAAUAGCCUCUAUUAGAAACAUACUUAUCUGCCCUUGGUUUUCAUCACGCUAAGCGGCCCAAAUUAGCCACUAAAUUAUUUCCGGCGCGUUACGCUCCAGUCGCUUGCUACAAAGGCCCUGUGUUACUACUGAAUUGUGUAGUAGUUGUCGACUUGUUCUUUUAUUUUUUGACGUUAAUAAAAGUUUU